CGCCUCUUUCCAAACGGGCAGCGGGUCUUCCUGAAUCCCGCUGCCUUGGGGAACGGUCAGCCCCCGCGUUCCUCCUUCCAGCUCCGCGGGCCCCGAGCCGAUCGCCUGGCCGUCGAAGGGCAUUCAAGAGCGCUCCGGAGCCCGGUUCGCCCCCUUGCAGCGAGAUGAGGACGGCAUGCCCGCACCUGGGCGCCGGCCAGAAGAAGCCCGGGGAACGCCCACCUGCCUCUUCUCGUCUGACUGGCGGGGGGAGGUGACGGGCUGGAGGGCCUGAGGAGCACGGAUGCCCCGCUUGCCCGCGCCCUCCUCGGCUCUCCCAGCGCCGGCGGGGCUUUCGGCUGGGUGGGGCUGCCGGAGCGAUUGCGGGGGCGCUUCUUCCUGCGGCACCGGGGCAAGCAAUCCUCCGCAGCCGCCUCGGGACUCCCGCCACUAGCCGGAAGCAGCUGGCCCGGCUGCCAGCCUCUGCACGCGCCUUCGGAGCCCGAGCCAAGCCGGCGGCGGCAGGAAAGCUGGCCUGGCUGGGCGGGGGGGGGGUCUUACCUUGGAAGCGCUCUGUGCUUAGCCUUGAAUGGCAGUAAAUGGCUGGUGCUCCUCACCACGCAGAUGCGUAUUUCUUAAUUUCCUACAGAUCCCUAACAGAGUUUCACCUUCAGCCACGCUCAGCUGAGCUAUUAGCUAUUCGCUCCAUCUCGACCUCUCUCCCUCCUCAAAGCAUUGCUCAGUGAUUCCUGGCAGAGCGGACGCGGGAGGGGGGCGGCCUUCCUUUCCCUCCAAGACAAUUACCAGGAUGGGCUGAAUAAAGGGAGGCGGGGGCUCCAGCUGUAAAGAAGGUGGGCAGAACCGAGCUCUGGGCUGGUGGCGUUAAAUCCCGGCCGGAGACGGAACUUGGCUCACAUGCGAUUCCAGCCGCAGCUCCUGCUCUUUUCAGCCAUUAAGCCCGAGCUCCCGGCAGGGUGGGGAUGACCUGCCCACUUCCCAUCCGAGGCGUCUGGAGAGGUACCCAGAGAAGGCCCAAGGCUCCAUUCUCCCUACCACCCUGCGCCGGGCAGUGACUUCUUUGCCAGAAGCUGCUGUUUGAUUUCCCACCCCCCAUCACCAUCAUGGUUUUGGGUUGCCUGGGCAGCCAGGAGAAAGAGGUGGAGCCUCAGAGCAGCCUGGAGCCCAGGAAGCAAGUGUGCUGCUAGGCGACUGUGUCAACUCAAAGAUUGGCCCCUGGACCAGUCAUUGGGCCUGUGCUAAGAGGGCCGGCCUUGGACAGAGCCCCUGCAGUUGCUGGCGCCAUUGCUGAUAGCUCCCAGGGAACAGCUGCUUUGAGAGUCUUGUUGGCCAGAGCAAGAGGAUCAGCUGACCUGCUGUAGGAAGUCUUGCAUUUUGCAAUGACAGGAGGAGAGUCCAUCAGCAUCCUUGGUUUGGUCCUUGGUGUCAGCCUCUCCCUCUUGAUCCUCGCUGUUCUUGGCUAUGUCCUGGUCAGGUGGUACCGGGAAGGACCCUGCUGGGACAGGCCUAAUUUUGUGUUCAGGUUUUAUCACAUCCGCAACCUGAAGCCACUGAGACUGGAGUUGGCCCCUCCCUUCACCAUCAGUGGUUCCACGCAUCAUGGAGCAGGUGUCGGCUAUGGGCAAUUUCAUGAGAGGGACUGUAGGAUGGAGAUGUGCAUAAGUGACCAUGAGGCUCUUCCAGCAUCGUCCUGGCCCAGUUCCACAGCUGCCAUGAGGAUCUGAAGUGCUGGGCAGCAGGAGGUCCCCCUACCAGAUGGACCUGAAGUUGGCUGGCCAACCAGACUCAGUGUGUGGUCCUCAACGGAGCUACAUCUCCCUGGAGGGAAGUAUGCAGCGGGGCUCCUCAGGGUCCUGUCUUGGCCCCAGGGCUCUUCAACAUAUUCAGAAAUGACCUACAUUGGGAGGGGAUUAAAGGAGUACUCCUCAACUAUGGAUGACAUCAACGGUGGGGGAAAUGGCUAAAACUUUGAAAGAUAGACUCAAGAUUGAGAAAGAUUUGGACCAAUUUGAACUUAAUUCAAGAAGAUGCAGUUUGGUGGUGAGAAAAGUAAAGUUCUACACUUAGACAGGAGAAAACAGAUGGAGAGCUACAGGAGAGAGAGCAUCUGUCUCAACUGCAGUUGAGAGGAAUGUAGGAUGGACUCCCGUUUAAGCAUCAGUCAGCCGGGUGCUGCAGCUGCCAAAAAAAACCAAAGCAGUUCCAGGCUGCAUCAGCAGAAGGACAGCAUCAAGAUCACAGGAAGUGAUAAUACCGCUCUAUCAUGCAGUGGAGAGGUCACAUCUGGAAGAUUGCAUCCAUCCAGUUCUAGGUAUCAUCGCCAUGAUACAAAAAAGAUACUGAGGCCCUAGGAAGAGUCCAGGGAAGAGCAACAAAGAUGGAAAGGAUAUUUACAAUAGCUUAACAAAUGUCUAUGGAUAUUCUCAAUCAUCCAGGUCAUGGUUGUCCCAAAGGUGUUUCUCCCCCCCCACCAAAAAAAAAAAAGAACUGAAUUAGUUCUUUUGCUUCUUGGAUGAGAAGCAAAACGUUUUCAAAGAAAAAAACAAACUCUAGCUGCCUUUUGGAAAAAAAGCACCUUUGGAAAACUAGCUUAACAAAGAGAAUACUUGAAGGGUGGCCACAAGGCAGAUUUAUGUUCUCCAUAGCACCUGAGGGUAAGGCAAGAAGCAAUGGGUGGAAACUAGUUAGAAGGAGAUCCAACUUAAAUGAGGAUGACGUUCCUGAUAGUGAGAACUGUUAAAACAGUGGGAAAACUUGCCUCCUAGAGUUGUGGGUGCUGUAUUGUUGGAGAUUUUCAAGAAAAGAUUGGUCAAGGAUUAUGUCCGAGAAGGUAUGAGGACUUCUGCCUUGAGUAGGGACCUCCAAGUUCUCUCCAACUCUGAUUCUGGGAUAAGGGUCUCUGAAAAUUUAAAACCCUCUUGGAAACAAUGCAUGGAGGGAUGUGAUCAAGGCUGUGACAAAGACCAGGAAUAACAUCUCCACUUGUAUCCCUUUUCAGGAUGAUGGUGGGAAGAGCAUGUGAUGUUCCUGCAGGUUGAGUCAUGUGUCCUGUUGGGACUUUAGGGAAGUAAGAUGGAUUAUUGAAAUCCCUCCUUGGCUGUUUUGUGUGAUACUGAAUUGUCAGGUCCCAGCAAUCCUAUGUCUCCUCUGCGCUCAAUAAAAUUACAGCACCCUUCUCUUUA